GUGGCCUGGAGGGAGCAGGAAGGAGGGGCCGGCAUUCCGCAUUCUGGACUCAGGGGACAGCAGAGAGCUGGGCCUCUCCGUGCCACCGCCACCAGACAGAGCCUGACGGUGGCAGGUGAGGAAGGGGCUAGCCAGGAGGGGCUGGAGGUCCGGAGUCCCAAGGAGCAGGCGGCCAGGACUCUGGGGUCCAGACACCAGGAAGGCUGGCAGACAUAAACCCUUGAGUCCUGAAGAGGGCACCUCCAGGUGGCAGGAGCUCCCAUUCUCCACACCAUGAGCACUAGCACCGGCCCAGAAGCUGCCCCCAAACCAAGUGCCAAGUCAAUCUAUGAGCAGAGGAAACGUUAUUCCACUGUGGUUAUGGCAGAUGUUUCGCAGUAUCUAGUCAAUCACCUGGUGACAUUCUGCCUGGGUGAAGAGGAUGGCGUGCACACUGUGGAGGAUGCCUCCCGGAAGCUGGCUGUCAUGGACAAUCAGGGCCGCGUCUGGGCCCAAGAGAUGCUGCUGCGCGUGUCUCCGGACCAUGUCACGCUGCUUGACCCCAUCUCCAAGGAGGAGUUGGAGUCGUACCCGCUGGGGGCCAUCGUGCGCUGCGACGUGGUGACGCUGCCGGGCCGGAGCCGCUCGCUGCUGCUGCUCGUGUGCCAGGAGCCUGAGCGCACGCAGCCGGACGUGCACUUCUUCCAGGGCUUGCGUCUAGGGGCGGAGCUGAUCCGAGAAGACGUCCAGGGGGCUCUGUACGACUACCGGUCUGGCCGCGGGGAGCGCAGGCCCGCAGCGCUCAGGGCCACGCAAGAGGAGUUGCAGCGCCACCCCUCACCGGCGGCCGAGACCCCUCCGCUGCAGCGCAGCCCUUCGGUCCGCGCCGUCAUCAGCGUAGGGGAGGCGGGCCGGGGGCGACCCCGGGCGGGGCCCAUCCCCGAGGUGGAGGAGCCCCAGAGACCCGGGCAGGAAGGGACCUCAGUGAACGCCAACCCAGCCUCCCCGGACCUGGCCAGUCUGCAGGCAGAGCGGGACGUGGACAUCCUGAACCACGUGUUCGACGAUGUGGAGAGUUUCGUCUCGAAGCUGCAGAAGUCAGCAGAGGCAGCCCGGGUGCUGGAGCACCGGGAGCGUGGCCGCAGGACCCGGCGCCGGGCAGCUGGGGAAGGUCUCCUGACCCUACGGGCCAAGCCGCCCUCAGAGGCCGAAUACACUGACGUGCUUCAGAAAAUCAAUAAGGCCAGCACCUCCCCGGCUCCACAGGCCAGACUGCGUGGAAACAUCGCCAACCCUUCCUCCCCAGAGCUGCUGCAUUUCCUGUUCGGACCUCUGCAAUUGAUUGUGGACACAUCGGGCGGCCCCCGAUUUGCAAGUGAUGUGCGGCGGCCGCAUCUGACGUCUGAGGCGGUGGCACUGCUGCGGGACAACCUCACCCCCCGUGAAAAUGCGCUCUGGACCUCGCUGGGGGACUCAUGGACCCGCCCGGGACUGGAGCUGUCCCCCAAGGAGGGACCUCCAUACAGCCCUGAGUUCUCCAGCGGCUGGGAGCCCCCGGCCACCGACCCACACGGCCGCGCCUGGGAGGACUCGGUAGAGAAACAGCUACAGCAUGAGCGGCAACGCCAGCAGCAAAGUGCCCCCCAGGUCGCUGUCAAUGGUCACCAACAGCCAGAGGCUGAGCCCCAGCAGGAGCCGGAGGGGAAGUGGGUACUGUGUAAUUAUGACUUCCAGGCCCGCAACAGCAGCGAGCUAUCAGUCAAGCAGCGGGAUGUGUUGGAGGUCCUGGAUGACAGGCGCAAGUGGUGGAAGGUUCGAGACCAGCAAGGGCAGGAAGGAUAUGUUCCCUAUAAUAUACUGACUCCCCACUCAGGGCUUCAGGGAAGCUGCAGCCAAAGCGCCUCCUGCAGCCUGGAGGAUGGCGCUCCUCCUCCCCCACCAGCACCGGCCCCAGGACCGGGCUCCUCUCGGCCCCCCUGGGACAGUUGUGAUAGCUUCAACAUGGACCCCAGAGAGAAGGAGAAAUUCUCCCAGAUGCUGUUUGUCAAGGAGGAGCUGCAGGCGCGCUUAGCCCAGGGCCGCCCGGGCCCCAGCCGCGCAGCCCCGGGUCCCCGCGCCCCGGAGCCGCAGCUCAGCCCGCACUCGGACACCUCUGAGGUCCGCACCUGGCUGCAGGCCAAAGGAUUCCGCUUGGGGACCGUGGAGGCGCUGGGCGUGCUGACUGGCGCGCAGCUUUUCUCGCUGCAGAAGGAGGAGCUGCAGGCGGUGAGCCCCGAGGAGGGGGCACGCGUGUACAGCCAGGUCACAGUGCAGCGAGCACUGCUGGAGGACAAAGAGAAAGUGUCAGAGUUGGAGGCGGUGAUGGAGAAGCAAAAGAAGAAGGUGGAAGGUGACCUGGAAACAGAGGUUAUUUGACCUCCCUGGCUGCUUUGCUGAAUGUUUCAAGGCAGCCUGUAGGAGAAAGGACUCUGCGGACUGCCCCCGCCCACGGAAGUAGACCCCUCGUGAUGCUGCGGAAGUGUUCCGGCUCCGGUCUCCCCUGUCUCUGUAGAGUCUCCUGAGUGAGAGGAUUGGCCGUGAGUGGGAGGAAGGGCCGCAUGUGGGUGCCCUGUGCAUUGUGAUCCGCUGCCCAGUCUAUAAACAGCCUCCUCAGUCUA